AUGGCUCCUGCUUAUGCUUACUCUUUUGACAUGGUAACAGAGCGUUCACGCUCCUGGCCUGUGGGCCCCACUGCUGCUUCCGCUGCCCUACUCAGUGUCGCGCGCCCCGUGGCGCGCGACCUUCACAUUUUCAUCCCGCCGCGCGCUCGGGGCGUGCGGCGGUUUUCUCCCCGCCGUGCGCACCGAGGCGCACGGCGGUUUCCUACCGUGGGGGACGCCCGCGGCCCCCCGAUCCCGUCGCCCGCGGCCCUCCGGUCCCGUCGCCCGCGGCCCCGCGAUCCCGUCGCCCUGGGGAGCCGCACGCGACCCCCCGCGGCCCCGUUUUCCCGUCGUGCCGCCCUGGGGAGCCGCGCGCGACCCCCCGCGGCCCCGAUUUCCCGUCGUGCCGCCCUGGGGAGCCGCGCGCGACCCCCCGCGGCCCCGAUUUCCCGUCGUGCCGCCCUGGGGAGCCGCGCGCGACCCCCCGCGGCCCCGAUUUCCCGUCGUGCCGCCCUGGGGAGCCGCGCGCGACCCCCCCGCGGCCCCGAUUUCCCGUCGCGCCGCCCUGGGGAGCCGCGCGCGGCCCCUCUCUGCCCCGUGGUCGCGUUCUGGGGGCCGAGCGCCGUCCCCCUCGCCGUCCCCCGCGCUCCUUCCCCCGUUCCGCCCGUUUUUAGGGUUUUGGGGUGCGGAGUGUGGGGGUGGCAGCUCUGGGGGUGCCGUGUGUGUGCGCCGUCCCCUGCUCCUCCUCCUCCUCCGUCUCCCACUGCUGCAGCUGCCGCUGAGGGGGGUGGAUGUGUGGGAGCCGAGGUUUAG